AUGGUCAGCUGGGACGAGACAUUCGAUGUGGUGGUGGUAGGGUCUGGAGCCGCUGGUGUUGCGGCAGCACUGAGCGCCCAGCGCCACGGCGCAACAGCAAUCGUGCUCGAGCGCAGCGAUAAGCUCGGAGGUACGACCGCAUGUUCGGCUGGUGGAAUAUGGAUCCCAAACAACGACCACAUGCACGAGGUUGGAGCCAGUGACUCACGAGAGCAGGCGCUUGCCUAUUUGCGCAGUCUGUCUUUGGGUGGGAUGGACAUGGAGCUCGCAGAAGUCUACGUCGAUGAAGCCCCCGCUGUGGUCCGGUUUCUGGAAGCCGACAAGUCCCUCUCCUUUGUGGCUACAAGCUUGCCUGAUUAUCAGCCUGAAAAUGCUGGAGGCACGUUUGGUCGCACAUUAACCCCGCAACUAUUUCCUGCGAAUGAGCUCGGUGACCUGCGCCCGAGUCUGCGACCAGCCCCGAUGUUCCCAGUGCCCUUUUGCUGGGAUGAUGUCCAGCACGGUAUCAAUUUGAUCGACCCAAAGGUUUUCCAAGACCGACUGAUUCAUGGUCUAGUUGGAGGAGGAGAGGCGCUGAUGGCAGGCAUGAUCAAGCAGGCCGCCGACAAAGGUGUCUUAUUCCGGUCAAAAGCCCGCGGGAGGAAGCUCAUUAUUCACGAUAGCUCGGUCAUUGGUCUAGAAUACGAAGACAAAAACGGGCAGCUUCGGAAGAUUUGUGCACGCCGUGCCGUUGUUCUUGCAAGCGGAGGCUUUGAGUGGAACAAGGAGCUCGUCAAGGACCAUGUCGCUGGUCCCAUCGAAGCACCGUUGAGUCCGCCAUCCUGUGAAGGAGAUGGGCUUAUCAUGGCCAUGGAAGCUCAAGCCGCCAUCGCUAAUACCAGGGAGGCGGCUUGGAUGCCAGCAAUCUCCAUUCCUGGGGAAAAAUAUGAGGGCGAACAACUAUACCGCUUGACAGGAGGAGAACGGGCAAAUCCCGGAUCGAUCAUGGUGAACCGAGCCGGCAAGCGAUUUGUCAAUGAAGCACACAACUACAACGAUGUAGGACGAGCAAUGCACAACUUUGACGAAAUGAAAUUCGACUAUCCAAACUUGCCAUGCUGGAUUAUUGUGGAUGCAGAAUAUAUGGAGCGCUAUCCUUUUGCGACUCGGCUUCCUAGUGAUCCAGUCCCAGAGUGGAUAGAGGCAGCCUUGACCCUGCGUGAACUUGCAAAGAAAAUUGGGAUAGACCCAACUGGCCUUGAAAAGACUGUACAGAGAUACAAUGCUCAUGUGGUGCGAGGGUCAGAUCCAGACUUUGGCCGGGGCACAAGCAGCUACGAUUUGGCCUUUGGGGACAAUUCGCGAGAUGGACCAUUUCAGACACUCGGUAUCAUUGAUCGAGCACCGUUCUAUGCAUGUCGUGUCUAUUCCGGUGUCCUCCAAACCAAGGGUGGUCCCAAGAUCAAUGCCAGAUCGCAAGUUCUCAACGUUCGUCGCAAGCCAAUCAAUGGCCUUUACGCGGCUGGAAACGUCAGUGCCGGGUUUACAGGAAUGGCAUAUCCUGGAGGCGGGGGCUCAGUGGGACCGGCCAUGGUGUUUGGUUAUAUUGCUGGGCGUAAUGCUGCAGCAAGCGAACAAUGGACCUGA